GCCUAUUGUUAUUAUAAUGAUUGUUUUAUUCUACUUGUAAUUGAUAAGACAGAUACUGUCAAAUUCUAACAAUAUGAAAGGUUACAACUUUCCUUUCCUUAAAAAGAAAGGAAACGCAAAACAUUUUCUUUCUUUUUCUUUGUGAAAGUGAAAGUGCCACGCCUAUCCAAGUAUAAAUAUGAUGUUUAUUAAAUUAUUCUGACAGUACGAUUCCUUCUCGAGAUAUUAAACAAUCAAGAAACUUUCAUAAUGUUCGGAUAAAAAUCAGAACACCCACUCUUUUGAUGAUUCAUUAUCUCGAAAAAAGAAAUCGUACUGUUAGAAUAAUUUAAUAAACACCAAUCUAUACCAUUCGAUCUUUGACUUGCCUCUACGACCGAAAAUUCAGUAAAAUGAUCCUAACCUUGAAAGAGCAAGGUACUGACACAAAUCCUUUUUUUUGGCUUCUACUAGUCUCACUGAAUCCUACAUAGCGACAAACUAUAAAUUCGCUGGGUGUUCAACAAUAAGGAAUGUUCUCUCGUUAAGAUUCUUUUUAAAAAUUUAUUCUACGUUAAAAAAAAUGCUGUAAAUUAAUUUCAUAUAUAUCUAAACAUAUAAAAUCCUCUUCAAAAUGACUAAUAGAAAUACUUUCAUAGAGUUUAUUGAUUGUCUCAAGUAAGUGAAAUAAAGUUAUCUAUUAAAAAUAAAUAAAUUUCUGCUUUUAUAAAUAUAAAAUCUUCAAUGUUGUCAAAUGUUGUAAAACACACACUCAGAAAAGAUAUCAUAAUGAUAACUCCGGUUACUAAUGAGACAAUCCUAAAUAAAUUUGAUAUUUAAACUUUUUAUUAAUAUUAUAUAGCUAACGUUAAAUUCUUCCUUCAUGAUGUUUAAUUUUUUCUUCUGUAGGAAAAAUUAUUUAAAUAUUGACAACAAAAGAAAGUUUAUUCUUUCAUUAAUCAUUUAAAAGAAUUAACUUGUUUUAGAUUACUAAAAUAAAUUUUAUUUCUUUUUACAUAACGUUCGAGUAAUAUACAACAACAUAUAAUGAAAUAUAUAGCAGUAUUCAUUUAUUUAUUAUUAAUUUUAAUUAUUCGUAUUGAUUAAUAACAAGCUAUUCCUUAUAAAUUUUUGUCGAGAAUAUAUUUUCAAUCUUAUCCAUUAUCAUUAGAUGAUACAAAGAAUGAUAUUGAACAAACACAACACGAACGUCUUAAUAAACGUGAUUUUAGACAUUUUCUUAAUGGUUCAACACUAUUUCAACAACAACAACAUUUUGGUAAUACUAAAUAUGGUCGCAGUGUACUCAAUAAAUAG